AUUGUCCUUAACAUAUACUAUCUGUCGCUAUUUGCACUUAUCUAAUCCUGAAAUCUGUUUUGCUUUUUGUUUUUUGUUUUUUUGAAUGGUCACAUUUCAGAGUAGUUGUUAUCACUCAGCUAGUCGAAAGACACUAAUGAUCUAGCAUGGCUUUUUAGUAAAAUAAUAUCUUUCAGUUUGCAGCAUUGAAGAAAUGACAUUCUCUGUGCAGGCAUGUGAUGGCACACUUGUACAGUGGACCUGACUGGCAUAAUGCUCCCAAGCAGCCUGGGCUUGUUAAAACUUGAGUGCAUUCAUUCUUCCUUAACCCCUUUUCACAAGUAUUCUCUUCUGAAUGUCAUCAAUAAAUCCUGAAUAUCACUAAAUAAGUCACAUUGAAGGUAUUAAAUAAUUUAAAUGUUCUCUAAUGUUAUCUUACUGUAUUCAGCAUGAAUAGCAUAAUUCCUUGUAGAAUAAUCCCCUCCCACCUGAACUUUGGAAGCCCGGGAGGAGAGUUGGGCUUGGCACAUCGGGAAGACCACGCUCACUUGUAGCUUCCCGAGUUUUGUUUCACUGGUGUUUGUCACCUCAGUCACUCUUCCGGGACUAAUCAUCAAAUAAUCAUCUCUCUUGGGGAUUGUGGACAUUCCAGUCAAAUUGAAGAAUGUUGCACAUGUGGAUUGUAUUUUGCCUGCUGUUACAAGUAGUGAGAAGCUUCAUGAUCUACAAUACCAGACAUGGCUUGUGCUUGCAAGACUCCAGUGAGAGUGUGCUGCUGAAGCACUGUGACCUGGACUCUCACUUUCAGCAGUGGGUCUGGGAUCAUGGCCGCUUGUUGAACAAGGGCACAGCAAGGUGUCUGUCCAGCCACCAGAUGAAUCCUGUCCUCACUGCAUCCUGCAAUGCCAGCGAAGGCCUUGGGUGGCAUUGCCACAGUCACUGGCUUAUCAGCCACAGUAGCUCCCUGAAGCUGACCACAGAUGGGAAAGGCGUGUUCCUGUCACAUGAAAACAAGCUGUCCAAGUGGAGAUCCCUUGUAGAAGGCAACAUCUGCCUGGAAAGCUCAAGAUUCAAAAGGGCAUCCGAUGAGUCAUAUGUCUUACCAACAGAAGACGGGGAUGCGUAUGAGUAUGAUUACGAGCAAGAGGAAACUAUGAAUGAAGAGCAGAGAAACUACUAUCAAUGGUACUAUCGCUCAGAAGACCCAUCUCCAUGGAAAUAUGCAAUGCUGGUCCUGUCUUCUGGAGCACUUCUGCUGGGCUGUCUGUUACUUGGCAUGGGAACAAUGGCAAACAGGAACAGGAAGAAGAUUGGUCAGUAUAAGGCUGCCGCAGCUUCCCAGGCAGCCAGGGCAGACGAGCUGCAGGGUAUGGCCCAGCUCAAGCAGGCCUGUGGCACUCCCUCUCAGCACAGCCAGCCUCACGGGAAGCUGGCCCUGGACAGCAGCGGAGUGGGAGAGCUGAGGGCUGGAGACGUCAUCUUGAAAUGGAAGGAUGGGAACGUGUCCACACUGUACCCAGACGCUCCAGAGGAGGAAGUGUAAAAUGACCAACCAGAGCACUGAGUUCACUCUCCUCCACUUCCUCGUAGAAACAGUACCUCAGAAGCCUUUCUUUUUUUAACGGACAGCAGAAGGUGAAAGGAAUGUGGAACUGUGAGAUCACCAGUGUUAAUUCUGUCCAUUCCUUCACUCCGUGUGUUGCUUUCCUUCUUUUCCGUAAAAAAAGUGAUGGAUAUUGCAGAAGACAUACUUACGUAAUUUGCGUAAUACCAAACAUUUACAGCUUCUGAAUGUUUUUGAGAUGUGGCAGCGUGAUCAUGAGAACAGCAUAACUUUCAGUUGUUCCAUUCAGUUCUAUAGUUUAUUUAUUCACCUGUGCUGAAUUUCACAUAUUUUCUAAACUGUGGGGAUUGGUUACAGUACAGUGAUGCAACAAGCUUGCUGUUGUCUCUCUCACACUUUACCACUCAACAUGAGACAAUUAAAAACAUCUGUUUACCUUUUCCAAAAAUAGUUGGCUAAAUAUUACAUGAUAUCUGUAUAUCAAAAGAAAUGUAGAAAUGAACAUUUUUAAAUUAAUGUUUAAAAAUGCUUGGCAUUCAGGCUUUUGAUCAAGUUCAAGUGUAACCAUUUACAAUAAAUUGUUUUGCAUAGUGUCUGAUAUAAGGUAGAGCUUUAAAUCUGUAGAUUAGACAAAAGCACACAAGCACACAUUGCAAAAGCUCAAAUAAUACUAAUACUACAGCAACAGAUUAAAUCUGUAAAUUCAGUCACUGUUUUAUAAUAUAAUCUGCAUGUGGAAACUUUUGUGUUGUCUUUUAUACAGGUAAAAAUGGGAAUGAUAGAAUGUGAUCAUCUACAAAAUCAAAGAAACAUGACGUUCAUUUGUAACUACAAAAAUAAAGCAAUGAUGAGCUACAUUUCAGUAAUAAAACGCUGGAUACAAA